CACCUUAUCGCAGUGCUUAUAUCUUCUGACAGAGAUCAAACCCUGUUCAGAUAUUUACUAUGUGGUAUUCGGCUUUUGCAUACCCUAUGUGACCUGGCACCUCGGCAUGCUAAACUUGAGCAGGCAUACAUUGCGGCACAUAUCCAUAGAUGUAUGAUUGUCUAAGUACAGGGGAGAAUUUGAAACUGUAUUUGUGGUUAACAUUUGAUGAUAUUUUUUUUCUUUUUGUUUUCAUUUUCUGAUGCUGAUGAUAGGAUGGAGUAUGUUAAGAUUAGUUACUUUGUCAUUCAACCAAUAAGUUAACCAAACUUAUUGGGUUGGGAUGUUUUCACAUCAUUUAUAUAUAUUAACCAAACUUAUUGGGUUGGAAUGUUUUCACAUCAUUUAUAUAUAUUCUAACUCUCCCCCUCACAUGUGGGUUGGACAAUCCGACGAUCUAGCAGUGCACAACAAACGAGGCCCAAUCCUAGGGCUACUCUCAUACAAGGCCCACACUUGGGGCAACAACAAAUGGGGGUUUAAAUUGUGGAAUUUGAACCAAGACCUCCCGCUUUGAGACCAUGUUAAGUUUAGUUAUUUUGUCAUUCAACCCAAUAAGUUAACUUGUUGGGUUGGAACGUUUCACAUCAUUUAUACAUAUUCUAACAGAGUAUGGUGUAGCUGUCCAUCUCCAUGAGCCGACCUACACUCAUGGUGAGACUUUAACUUUUAAUGAAUCUUUACACACACAUUUCAUCUUCUGAAUGGAAAUUGUUUAGAAACAAAACCGAUGUCUAUUAUGCAGCUUAUUCCUACGGCUAUCCGUUGACUUGUUUGGAAGGAGAAGAAAAGCAGAAUCUUUGAAGACAGAGAAACUUCUUUUGAUAUCUUCAUGGAUAGUUGGCUUGGCAAAGAAAAACUUUGGUGUAAUGCUUAUGUAGUCUGAUGAGAACCUUUUUUAUUUGUAUUAGCAUAUCUAUCUUGUAACUUGUUUGGUUUGCAUCUCCUUGGCGUUCCUUUUUUUUUUCCUUACAUUUGUCUGUUUUAGGGCAUCCACUGUACUUGCUCAUGGGGAUCUUACUGAGAAUAAUGCUUGCUUCUUCUCUCCCACAGUUCACAUUUGGAACUGAUUUUUUCUUCUUGAAGUUUACUUUUGGGACUAAUUUCGGAAAGAAUAACAUUAUUUUCUUCUAAUUUUAUUUUCUGGUUACUGUCUACAGAUUUUGCUUGAUGAUGUAAGAGUGUCGGACCAUAUGCUGGAUCUGGUGUUAUAUUUACUAAUUGUUCUUGGUGGUUACCAACAGGAAGAUCAUAAUUCAAGCCCUGUGCCUCUCUUGCAUUCUGCUCUUGUGGCAAGCACUUUAUAUCUUUUGACAGGGUUCAUAUCCUCACAAUGGCAAGAUAUAGCCCUAGUAUUGGUUGCACAUCCAAAGGUUGAUAUAUUUAUGGAUGUAGCUUUUGGAGCAGUUCACAAAGCCAUUAGGUUUCUUCAUAUCAAGCUUUCAGGUGAAGAUGCUGAGUUUUGUAUGAGAUUGAGUCCAAUUCCGGAACGAAUAGUUAGCUAUCUCUGCCAACAAUGUGAAGCUUCUUUACAGCUUCUGCAGUCGCUUUGUCAACAGAAGGUGUUUCGGGAGCGCUUACUUAGGAAUAAGGAACUAUGUCGACGGGGAGGUGUUCUUCAUCUUGCUCAUGCAGUCUUGAAGUUAAACAUUGCACCGGCGUUCAUAGAGUCUGCCACGGUUGUGGCUGCUGUAUCUAGGCUUAAAGCUAAAGUCUUGUCUGUUCUGUUGCAUCUGUGUGAGGCAGAAAGUGUAUCCUAUCUUGAUGAGGUUGCCAGUUCCACAGGAAGCAUGGAUUUGGCAAAAUCUAUUGCAUUAGAGGUUCUGGAAAUAUUGAAGACUGCACUUGGUAGAGAUCCCAAACAUCUCAGCACUUGUUCUGACAUAAAGUACCCAAUGGGGCUUUUGCAACUCAAUGCGAUGCGUUUAGCUGAUAUUUUCUCAGAUGAUUCAAAUUUUCGAUCUUACAUUAUGUCAUACUUUACUGAAGUGCUCACUGCUAUGUUUUCACUCUCUCAUGGAGAUUUUUUAUCUAUGUGGUGUUCCUCUAAACUCCCAGUAAAGGAGGACGAUGCUACGCUGGAGUAUGAUUUAUUUGCAGCGGCUGGAUGGGUUUUGGAUACCUUUUCUUCAGACCUAUCUGAGGCAAUAAAUUUAGAGAUAACUUUAAUUCCCAGCAACAUUCAGCCAGGUUACUAUGCGCAUCAGAGAACAUCAUUGUUUGUCAAAGUGAUUGCGAACCUUCAUUGUUUUGUUCCCAACAUCUGUGAAGAGCAGGAGAGGAACUACUUUCUGAACAAGUUCCUGGAGUGCUUGCAGAUUGAUCCAUCUAAAUCUUUACCUGGAUUCUCCUUUACUUCUGGCACUCAUAAAGCUGAGACUGUUUGUAGGAAUCUGCGUUCGUUGUUAAGUCACGCGGAAUCUUUAAUUUCCAGUUAUCUGAACGAGGAUGAUGUGCAGCUCUUAAGGGUAUUUUUUAACCAACUACAAUCACUGAUUGCUCCUGUUGAAACUGAAGAAAAUCAAAUACAAGAGGCUCAAAGUGCCGUGGGUUCAUCACCUCAGCUAGGUAAAGGACCUCCAAAUCUUGAUAUUAGAAAUGGAAGCUUGAAAGAGGAAAUGUCAGAGAAUUCUGCUGUCCAGGAGAACCAAGUUAAUGUAAAAAAUGAGCCAGAUGAUGACGUGACGAGAGAAGAUAGGAGGGAAGAUGGAGAUAUAUCUGGUGGGACUGACUCUGGAGUUUUGAGAGAGAUUGACAGAGAGAUAGUGCAUGUUGAGACAAGUGGUUCGGAUACAAGUUCCACAAGAGGGAAAAACUUUGUUGGUCAAACAGAUAAUGGUGAGUAUCCAAAAGCAGGUGAUUGUGGUAAGGAAAGUGGAUUUGAUGCUGCCAAAGAGGAUGUAAAUGUUGAGUCUGUUCAGUUUGGCGAGAAGCAGCCAAGAAAAAGGAAGCGAACUAUAAUGAAUGAUAAACAGAUUUCACUAAUGGAGAGGGCCCUACUGGAUGAACCUGAAAUGCAGCGAAAUGCAGCUUCAUUGCAGUCAUGGGCUGAUAAAUUAACUCUUUAUGGGUCUGAAGUUACACCUUCACAGAUAAAGAAUUGGCUGAACAAUCGGAAAGCAAGGCUAGCCCGUGCUGGGAAGGAAGCUCGUGCACCUGCGGAAGUUGAGAAUUCUUUACCAGAAAAGCAAGGUGUGCCUUUGCUUGGGCAUGCACUUGACUCAACUGAAAAUCCUGAUGAAGAUUUGGUUCCAUCAAGCGGGAGAUGUCCUCGAAGCAUGUCCAGAAUUGGUCUUACUGAAAAAUCAGAGAGUAACUUGAAAGAAGUUGUUGACACUGGUGCCGCCAGAUUUCUUCGGUGCAAGCCAGGUCAGUAUGUUCUACUUGUAGGUGGACAAGGGGAGGAGAUUGGUAAGGGAAGGGUACAUCAGGUGCAUGGUCAAUGGUCUGGAAAGAACUUGCAGGAAUCUGAGACGUAUGUUGUGGAUGUUACUGAACUUAAGGCUGAGCGACGGGCAAGGCUUCCAUACCCAUCUGAAGUCUCGGGCACUUCAUUCGAAGAGGCUGAAACAAACAUAGGGGUAAUGCGAGUUUUGUGGGAUUCAAAGAAAAUGUAUGUAUUGCAGUCACAAUGAGCCUGCUAAUAAUACAAGUAAAGACUCCAUUUUCAUUAGUAGGCUUUUUGGUUACUGGCAGUCUGUCAGAUCUACCCAACAUAGGUUUUUUAGAGAAUCUCGUAGCUUUAACUUAUAAUAGCGGUGGGUUAAUGAAUAUUAGUGAACUCAAAUAAAAUGCUUCAGGAUGACAAGGCUGGGAUAUCUUA